AUGGGAUGGUCUGGGCCCCGCCAGACAGCUCCUAGCACUUCCAUAGUGGUCCAGGAGGAAUGUCUCUCGCAGAUCAGCAGCCCCCUCCCACGGCCCAGUGCAGGAUGGGGGGGGACUCCCUUUCACACCCCGCCCCCUCCCAGAGCGCCCCUGCGCCCCGGCCCUGCCCACGCCUUCCCCAGCCCCCCAAAGAGGACACCCCGCCUUCCAGCCGGCGCGGCGCGCUCCCCACCCUCGCCGCGGCGCCGCCUCCCCCGCGCUUGCCCGGAGCCUCCCAGGCCGCCCGCGAGCGAGGAGGGGAGCGCUCUGGGAUGGGAGUUGGCGGCGGCGGUGGAGGCAGCGGCCAGGGCUUCGUCUUCGGCUCCCACGAGCGACCCCCGAGGAGAGCCGCGGCCCCCGGCCAGGCGACGAGGCAGACCACCCAGACCCAGCUCGUGGCGCCGCUGUCUCGCUUCCCAGGCGCCGGCCGCCGAGGCUGCAGUGGAGAAGAUGCUGGUGGGCUGCUUGCUGCUGAUCCUGGGACAGAUCCUCCUGUUUCCCACUGAGGCCCGAGAGAGGCCCCACCGCAGAACCCUGUCUCGAGUCCGAGCCUCCCGGACCCACCCCCAGACGGCCCUCCUUGAGAGCUCCUGUGGGAAUAAGCGAGCAGACCUGGUCUUCAUCAUUGACAGCUCCCGCAGCGUCAAUACCCACGAUUAUGCCAAGGUCAAAGAAUUCAUUGUGGACAUCUUGCAGUUCUUGGACAUUGGUCCUGACGUCACGCGGGUCGGCCUGCUCCAGUAUGGCAGCACGGUCAAGAACGAGUUCUCCCUCAAGACCUUCAAGAGAAAAUCUGAGGUUGAGCGAGCUGUCAAGAGGAUGAGGCAUCUGUCCACUGGCACCAUGACGGGGCUGGCCAUCCAGUAUGCCCUGAAUAUUGCCUUCUCAGAGGCAGAGGGGGCCCGGCCCCUGCGGGAGAAUGUGCCCCGGGUCAUAAUGAUUGUGACAGAUGGUAGACCACAGGACUCGGUGGCCGAAGUGGCAGCCAAGGCAAGGGACACGGGCAUCCUGAUCUUUGCCAUUGGUGUGGGCCAGGUGGACCUCAACACACUGAAGGCCAUUGGGAGUGAGCCCCAUGAGGACCACGUCUUCCUGGUGGCCAACUUCAGCCAGAUCGAGUCACUGACAUCGGUGUUCCAGAACAAGUUGUGUGCCGUUCACAUGUGCAGCAUCGUGGAGCAUAACUGCGCCCACUUCUGUAUCAACACGCCCGGCUCCUACGUCUGCAGGUGCAAACAAGGAUACAUUCUCAACUCGGAUCAGACAACUUGCAGAAUCCAGGAUCUGUGUGCUACGGAGGACCAUGCCUGCGAGCAGCUGUGUGUGAAUGUGCCCGGCUCCUUUGUCUGCCAGUGCUACGGUGGCUACACCUUGGCUGAGGAUGGGAAAAAGUGUGUGGCUGUGGACUAUUGUGCGUCGGAGGAUCACGGCUGUGAACAUGAGUGUGUCAAUGCUGAUGGCUCCUAUGUUUGCCGGUGCCGUGAAGGAUUUGCUCUUAACCCAGACCAAAAAACGUGCACAAAGAUAGACUACUGUGCCUCCUCUACUCACGGGUGUCAGCAUGAGUGUGUCAACACAGAGCACUCCUACUCCUGCCGCUGCCUGAAGGGCUUCACCCUGAACCCCGACAAGAAGACCUGUCGCCGGAUCAACUACUGCGCCCUGAACAAGCCCAGCUGUGAACAUGAAUGUGUCAACACAGAGGAGAGCUACUACUGCCGCUGCCGCCGGGGCUACAGCCUGGACCCCAACGGCAAGACCUGCAGCCGGAUAGACCACUGUGCACAGGAGGACCACGGCUGUGAGCAGCUCUGUCUGAACACGGAGGAGUCCUUCGUCUGCCAGUGCUCGGAAGGCUUCCUCAUCAACGACGACCUUAAGACCUGCUCCCGGGUGGACUACUGCCUCCUGAGUGACCAUGGCUGCGAGUACUCCUGUGUCAACACAGACAGAUCUUUUGCCUGUCAGUGUCCAGAUGGACAUAUGCUCCGCAGUGAUGGCAAGACAUGUGCAAAGUUGGAUGCCUGUGCGCUGGGGGACCAUGGCUGCGAGCAUUCCUGUGUGAGCCGCGACCACUCCUUCGUGUGCCAGUGCUUUGAGGGCUAUCUGCUCCGGGAAGACGGGAAGACCUGCAGAAGGAAGGAUGUCUGCCAGGAUGUGGAACAUGGCUGCGAACACACGUGCGUGAGCCGUGGCGAGUCCUACAUCUGCAAGUGCUUCGAUGGCUUCCGGCUGGCACAGGACGGCAGACGCUGCCAUAGGAAGGACAUCUGCAAGUCUACCCCCCACGGCUGUGAGCACAUGUGUGUGAACCAGGGCGAGUCCUACAUCUGCAAGUGCUCCGAGGGAUUCCUUCUUGCGGAAGAUGGGAGACGAUGCAAGCGAUGCACCGAAGGUCCCCUCGACCUGGUCUUUGUGAUUGAUGGAUCCAAGAGCCUCGGAGAGGACAGCUUUGAGAUUGUGAAGCAGUUUCUCACGGGGAUCAUCGAUUCCUUGGCCGUCUCCCCCAAAGCUGCUCGAGUGGGCCUGCUCCAGUAUUCCACGCAAGUCCGCACCGAGUUCACCCUGGGCAGCUUCAGCUCGGCCAAGGACAUGAAGAAAGCCGUAGCCCACAUCAAGUACAUGGGCAAGGGCUCCAUGACAGGGCUGGCCCUGAAGCACAUGUUUGAAAGGAGUUUCACCCAGCUGGAGGGGGCCAGGCCUCUCUCUGCACGGGUACCCCGAGUGGCCAUUGUGUUCACCGACGGACGGGCUCAGGAUGACGUCUCUGAGUGGGCCACGAAGGCCAAGGCCAAUGGUAUCACCAUGUAUGCUGUUGGGGUUGGGAAAGCCAUUGAGGAGGAGCUCCAAGAGAUCGCCUCCGAGCCCACGGACAAGCAUCUCUUCUAUGCCGAAGACUUCAGCACAAUGGGAGAAAUAAGUGAGAAGCUGAAGAUGGGCAUCUGUGAAGCUCUAGAAGACGCUGACCGAAGACAAGAUUCCCCAGCUGGGAACCCACCAAAGAGGGACCACCAGCCAACAGAAUCUGAGCCUGUCACCAUAAACAUCCGAGACCUCCUCUCCUGUUCUAAUUUUGCAGUGCAGCACAGGUACCUGUUUGAAGAAGACAGUCGGUCACAGGCGACACAAAAACGUUUCCAGUCCACAAAAUCCGCAGGAAGCCCUUUGGAGGAAAAGCAGGAGCAAUGCAAGUGUGAGAACCUGAUCAUGUUCCAGAACCUUGCAAAUGAAGAAGUGAGAAAGCUAACCCAGCGCCUGGAAGAAAUGACACAGAGGAUGGAAGCCUUGGAGAAUCGCCUGAGAUACCGAUGAGGAGGAGCAGGACCUGCGGCCCUGAGGAUGGCUGACGCAGUUCAGAGCCCCAGGGCUCAGGCUGUGUUUGGGUCUGUAACAUGGCAAAGCCAGACAGAACCAGUGCUGAGAUGGCUGGCUUGCUACAGAGCAAAGAACAGACACACUAACUUGUGUGAGUUUAUUUAGAAAACGAUCUUUUUGAAUUCUGAGUUUUCCAAGUGAGACUAAAUAAGCUAUGCAAGGCAUUUCGUAAUAUACCGUGGACAUGAUGUGCGUCAGUGUGGGCCUGCCUUAGAGUGUUGCAAUCUUAUUUGACUAAAGUUUGUGGUCCGACUUCCGUAGAACACUGGCCAUAGGAAAUGCUAUUUUUUGUAUUGGACUUUACCUUGAUAUAUGCAUAUGGAUUUAUGCAUAAAACCACAGGACAUAUGUACUUGUGUAACAAGCUGGGUUUUUUAAAUACAACAUUAAAUUUAACUUCAACAAA